UCUUUCUUAUCUCUUGGCCAUUAUCUGAGAAAAAUGAUGAUGAGCAACGGCCACAAAUAUUGUGUUUGUUGGCAAAUUAUAAGAAAUAGACAUGUAUUAGUUUCUUUCCUCUUUCUCAUGGUUUCAAGCUUCACCAGCCACCAUAACAUGAGAAUAUCCAUGGUUGAAGGGAGAGCAAUUUCCAAGCUCAUUGAGGCUGCCAAGAAAGAAGGGCAUGUGGAAGAGGAGAAAAUGGUAAGAGUAGUAGUAAGAGCACAUCAAAUAGGGUCAAGACCACCAAGGUGUGAGCGGCGGUGCAGCGGGUGUGGGCCCUGCGAGGCGGUGCAGGUCCCAGUGGUGCCGCAACUUCUCCAAAACCACCACAUGAUGAGCAGAUCAAGAACCACAAAUAAUUUCUUCUCUUUUAGUGGCUUCAAACAACUAUUAUGCUCAGUUAAUUGUAAAAGAUCAAAAAGGACCAAGAAUUUUGUGACUUAUUCAAGAGGUGAUGACUUCUCCAACUACAAGCCCAUGAGUUGGAAAUGCAAGUGUGGGGACUUUCUUUUCAAUCCUUGAUGAUGAUCAAUACCAC